CCACGGGUAGCUCCUGCUGCCACGAUUUGAGCCAGUCCUUUCUGUGAAUAUUUAUGGUACAAAUGGAACCUCAUACUUUGUAAGCUACGGAACGGAGUCAAUUGCAACAAGGAGGAGAAUCACUCUACAGUUGAAAGGGGGAGAACAGAGUAUCUGUUCGAUAUUUUAAAGACCCAAAUGCCCGGUCCCACCCAAGCCCUUUCCCCAAAUGGAGAGAAUAAUAACGACAUCGUCCAGGACAACGGAUCCAACAUCAUUCCUUACAGGAAAAACACAGUGCGAGGAGAGCGCGCCUACAGUUGGGGGAUGGCGGUCAACGUAUAUUCUACCUCAAUCACCCAGGAGACUAUGAGCAGGCAUGACAUUACUGCCUGGGUCAAUGAUAUUCUCUGCCUAAACUAUACAAAAGUGGAGCAGCUUUCAUCAGGAGCGGCCUAUUGUCAGUUCAUGGAUCUGCUCUUUCCUGGUUGCAUCAGUCUCAAGAAGGUUAAGUUUCAAGCUAAACUGGAGCAUGAGUACAUUCACAAUUUCAAACUGUUGCAGGCAUCCUUUAAAAGGAUGAACGUGGACAAGAUUAUUCCUGUGGAAAAACUGGUUAAAGGCAGAUUUCAAGACAAUCUUGAUUUCAUCCAGUGGUUUAAGAAAUUCUUUGAUGCUAAUUAUGAUGGUAAAGAUUAUGACCCGGUUGCAGCCAGACAGGGUCAGGAUGCCAUUCCUCCACCUGACCCCGGUGAGCAAAUCUUCAAUCUUCCAAAGAAGUCUCACCAUGCAGCCAGCUCCCCCACUGCAGGUGCAUCACGGUCAAGCUCUACUACACCCAAGUCUUCAACACCAACAUCCAGACCCUCGUCUGCCAAAAAGAUACCUGCAUCUGGAUCAACUCCCGCCAAGGGAGAGAAAGAACUGGAAGCACAAGUCGUACAUCUUACUGAGCAGGUGAACACAUUGAAGUUGGCACUGGAAGGAGUGGAGAAGGAGCGGGACUACUACUUCAGCAAGCUGCGAGAAGUUGAGCUGCUGUGCCAGGAACAGGGUGAAGAAAAUGCUCCAUUUGUCGACCGGCUAAUGGAGGUGCUUUACGCCUCAGAUGAACAGGAGCGAGCAGAGUUGGCUGAGGGUGAUGAAAAGGAAGUGGACCAGGAUGCCCAUGAAGAGGGACCAGAUGAUCAGCAAGAGGAACAGGAUGAAUACUGACUGCCAUCAUCCCUCACCGCAGUUACACCCCCUGUUUUUAAUAUGUGAGAACUGUUAAAGAACUUUUUGUUUUCUCAUGUUUUAUUUUUUCAUUUUGUCUGUUCUCUUCAAAUCUGAGCACAUGAAGCAACCUCCUGAAUAGAAGUACCAUCACAGGUUUUUAUUUUUUGUAUCCCUCUGCUCACUGUUCUAUGUUUAGUGACUUUAGGUGAACUGCUGUGGCAGGUUUGUGGUGACGACCUCCACUAGCAGACGAGCUCAGACCAUCACAGACGUUUCCAAGGACUGGGUGACAUGUCGAUUCAAAUCCUACAGUAGAUACACAAAAAAAUGCUGAAGAUUAGACAGGUAGACGCAUACCUGUUGGUGCAAAUGUUAACCUCCAAGCUUUUGUCUUUUCCCCCUUUAUUUUAUUGUUUAGUUUUUUUUACAGAUCAAUAUUAACCACAAGAAUGCAAUAAGCAAAGCCCUGGAAGGGCUCAUAGUAGCUCUUAUUUAACCUUCCAUACGUUGCACUGACAUUAACUCUGUAUUGGACAAUCUGUCCAUAGAUCUUCACCAUAUUUAUUAUUAUUAUUAUUAUUAAGCCUUAGGAAUAGUGCAAAAAUCUGCAUUGUGUCCUCUUUAAGGGCAACAAAUGGUCAAUUUGAAUUGUGAAUGAAAUGUAGGUAAAUGCCAAUUUUUGACUGUUUGAAAAGCUGUCUUCACAAUAUUUCAGAUAAUCGGUGUGUUAAACAAUGUUUUAUUUGCACCAUACCACUUGUUUUAAUGAUAGAGGUUUAGUUACCAUAAAACACAAUAAGGAAAUAAAUAUAAUUGUGAAUUAGUCCUAUGAUGAAGCAACAUUUUAUGUAUUCAACCUCAGCUGGAACUUGUACUUUGUUCAGAUUUGUCUUUUUAGUUUUUCUCUUUUAAACCACAAGUCUUAGAGAAAUGAGUCUGUUCACUGAGCAGUUUGCCUCGCUAUAUUCCAGUUAGUACAUUGUAUAUCCAUUCUUAAUAUUGCAUUUACUAAUAUUGAACUGGGCAGUGCACCACAAUGCUUACGUUACAAACUAUUGUGUAAAUGAAAAAGGAAUGUAAAGAUGUACUGUCAAUAAUUAAUGAAUGGUAAAUGUUUUUUGUUUUUUUUCAUGUCCCACUCAUUAUGCAUUCCCCCAAAAAAUGUGUUUGCAUGUUUGCAUUUUAUUUGUGAAUAACUUGACCUGCUUUUUACAUAUUUAAUAAAAAAACAGACAUGUUA